AUGCCGCGAAGUGACGUAACAAGGGCCAGUGCGGAAAUUAGAUUGGAUCUAAGGAUCAACGUGUACUACAACGUUGGCUCCAAGGGCAUGUACGUGCCACGCGCCGUCCUCGUGGACCUGGAGCCCGGCACCAUGGACGCAGUGAGGACGGGCCCCAUUGGCCGCCUGUUCCGCCCCGACAACUUCGUGUUCGGGCAGAGCGGCGCCGGCAACAACUGGGCCAAGGGCCACUACACGGAGGGCGCCGACCUGAGCGAGGCAGUGAUGGACGUGGUGCGCAGAGAGGCCGAGGGCUUCGACUGCCCGCAGGGCUUCCAGCUCACGCACUCGCUGGGCGGCGGCACGGGCUCCGGCAUGGGCACGCUGCUCAUCUCCAAGAUACGCGAGGAGUACCCAGGCCGAAAAUGCUAA